GAUAAAGAUAGAGAUAGAGAUGUUGGGACUUGGGAGGCAGAGGUAAAUAUUUGGAAUGGUUUCAUAUUUGAAGAUAUGUGUUUGUCAUUUUCUAGCUUGUCUGUAGAUCAAUUCAGAACAAACUUCUUAUGAAACAGUAUUGAAUUGUGAUUAUUUCCCAAUGGCAAAACAAGUUAAGGUUGGCAAAAAAAUCAAAGGAUCUAAAGAUGUCACAAUUUAUGAUUUCGCCAAUUCACCACAAACAACUAAUCGACCUAAGAAAUCUGAAGUCAGCAUAACAAACGUGGUCAAAAACGAAUUAGAAAUAAAGGAACACUGGUAUAGCGAUGAUGAAGAUGAGGAAACUGAUAAAAAAUCUCCACAAUGCAAGAAAAAGGGGAAACCUAAAAACGAGAAGAAAGAUGAGGAGACUGGUGUGAAUUACCCAGUCGAUAUAUGGUUUUUGAUAUCCAAUCAUAUAAGACCAGAAGAUGUUGGGAGAUUUGCAGCAAUAUGUAAAGCUUCCUAUGCUGUUGUACAAAGUGCGCUGUUCUGGAAAUGCCUCUACAAGAGAUAUUAUAAUAAGGAAUGCUUAACACUAGAUUUCCAACCAGAAUGUGUAUUGAGGCAUUAUGGUCUUAGAACAGCUGUAAUAAGAGCAUUGUAUCUUAUGUAUCCGCCUCUUGUCAAAAGAACAAGACAAGCCCUUUUAGGAAUAACGCAUCCAGAUGUUUUGUUAGGAAUGACCUGUGUAGGAGUAAUGUCGAAAACUGAGGGCAAAAAUGGGAUUCAAUUCUUAUGCUAUUACUUUAAAUUCAAGAGGAACACUGCGAUAUCAUUUGAAACUAACAAAACAAAGGAAGAGUCUCUUAUUGAUUUGCUGAAUGACAUCAAUGCAAAUCCAGAGGAAGAUCACUGUAUACUUCUUGCAAUAUCAAAUGAACAAAUCUGCUUUCCGCCUAUCCUUGGUCAAACUUUGAAACAUGUUUCAGUUUCACUAUCUAAAGGAUUCUGUAAUAACCGGUUGCAACUUGUUUUUGGAAAUGCGCUCGAUAAUUUUACAACAAGAGGUAAUCUUAUGAAUGGAAAUACUAUUGUAUUAGAUCCUGUAUCAAAUAUUUCAAUUCUCAAUUGGUGGCACCCAAUGUAUAUUAAAAGUAAUAAUAUACCAAGUCUUGACGAGUAAUGACUUAAUUUUACAAAUUUCUUAUAUUUUGUUAGUAUUCUUUCAGCACUAGAGUAUUAUUUUUAUAUUAAAUGAUAUGUAAAAAAUUAAAUUUCAAGGAUACUGAUAAAAAUAGUCCCCCUCCAAAUUUUCCACUAUGAAGAAAUGGAUGCAAAAAGAAUAGAAGCACUACUGGACAGAAAUGAUGCAUUGUUUUUUCAUUUUCAAGACUUUUGAAAUCUUUUACUUUUCAUAUGUUGUUAAAUUCAAUGUUGAACUGAAAAAUAUGGUACAAUAGAACAUUCAAUAAAAGUAUAAAAACCUGUAAA